AGGUAGGUUAUUAAAAUUUGGAACAGAGAGAGAGAGAGAUUAAGCAGAGAAAGGAAAGGGUGUGAGAGUUGUUGCAGAGUGAAAAUGGAGAGUAAAGAGGAAGAUGUUAAGGUUGGAGCGAACAAGUUCUCAGAGAGGCAGCCAUUGGGUACAGCAGCACAGGGUGACAAGGACUACAAGGAGCCACCACCGGCUCCAUUGUUUGAGCCCGGUGAGCUCAAAUCAUGGUCCUUCUACAGAGCUGGGAUUGCUGAGUUUGUCGCCACCUUCUUGUUCCUCUACAUAACCAUCUUAACUGUCAUGGGUGUCAACAGGUCCUCUUCCAAGUGUUCCUCUGUCGGCAUUCAAGGCAUUGCUUGGUCCUUCGGUGGCAUGAUCUUUGCCCUUGUCUACUGCACUGCUGGAAUUUCAGGGGGACACAUCAACCCAGCCGUGACCUUUGGUCUGUUUUUGGCGAGGAAGUUGUCCCUAACAAGGGCACUGUUCUACAUUAUCAUGCAGUGUCUCGGAGCCAUAUGUGGGGCUGGUGUGGUGAAGGGAUUUGAGGGUAAUGGUAGGUAUGAGUUGUUCAAAGGUGGAGCAAAUUUUGUGAACUCUGGAUACACCAAGGGUGAUGGACUUGGAGCUGAGAUUAUUGGCACUUUUGUUCUUGUCUACACCGUUUUCUCUGCAACUGAUGCAAAGAGAAACGCCAGAGACUCUCACGUUCCUAUUUUGGCUCCACUUCCCAUUGGAUUUGCUGUGUUCUUGGUCCACUUGGCCACCAUUCCCAUCACAGGAACUGGCAUUAACCCUGCUAGGAGUCUGGGAGCAGCCAUUAUCUACAACAGGGACCAUGCAUGGGAUGACCAAUGGAUUUUCUGGGUUGGACCUUUCAUUGGAGCUGCUCUUGCUGCUUUGUAUCACCAGAUAGUUAUCCGAGCCAUUCCUUUCAAGGCAAGGGCUUAGGAUCUUCAUUCUUCAUUCUUCCACGUGCUUGCUUCAUUUAAUUGUUGUUUAUGCAUCUGCUGUCUGCUUAAUUUCCAAAUUCAUCAUGUGAAUCUUUUUGUGUUAAUCGAUCCUUUAUGGAUGUAAAUUAUGACCUGGUUGUUACUUCCUUCAUAUUGUAUUUCUCACACUCUCAAACCAUCUCUUUUAUCUAUAUUCUUUUAUUUUAAUGGAUUGUUCCUUUAUUA